AUGGCGUUCCCUCAUUCUCAACCCAUGACAUCUUUCUGGCUUUCGGCAGCAGCGGAUUUGGCAAACCACAGAACGACCGAGACCCUGCCUCAAGAAGCGGAUGUGGUGAUCAUCGGCUCCGGCUACUCGGGUUCCGCAGCGGCGUAUUUUCUUUUGGCAGACGACAACAAUGACGGAAAACCUCCAUUGACGGUCAUCUUGGAGGCUCGUCAAGUGUGCUCAGGGGCUACGGGACGAAAUGGAGGACACCUGAAACCGGACACAUAUUACUCUGCUGCUGAGAAUUACCGAAAGUAUGGGGCUCAGAUUGCUGAUGAGUUGAUCAAGUUCGAGAUCCAGCAGGUGCUGGACGUGAAGCGGCUGGUCGAGUCAGAAAACAUAGAUUGUGACUUCGAGCUGACGAGGGCUAUCGAUGUCUUCACCGAUCAGCAGACGGCGGACAUGGUACUUCAAACUCACAACGAGAUGAGGUCUAAAGGCUUUUCCUUUCCUGACGACCUUCACGUUAUCGUCGACCCAAAGCGAGCAGAACAAGUCUCCGGGGUCAAAGGAGCCAAAGCCGCGCUUUCAUUUACCGCUGGUUCAGUAUGGCCGUAUAAACUGGUGAACCAUCUUCUGCGACGCAGCAUAGAAAUGGGCGCCAACUUGCAGACAAAUACGCCGGUUCAGAAAAUUUCUCGCAACGGGCCUGGUGGAAGACACGUGGUGACGACCGACCGAGGCACCAUCCUGGCGAAGAAGAUCAUUGUGGCAUCCAACGCAUACACGGGCGCGUUGUUUCCCGAAUUUAGAGACAAAGUCAUUCCUGUAAGAGGCGUGGUGUGCCGGAUCGCAGUACCAGAGGACUCUAGGCCCAGAGCACCACAUCUGAACAACUCGUAUGCCAUACGAUUCAACCCAGAGCACUUCGACUACCUCAUCUCUAAGACCGAUGGCAGCAUCGUGGUUGGCGGCGCGGAUCGGUGCGCCGUGGAAAAGGAGUCGUACUGGUAUGCAAAUACCGACGACUCUCAACUCAUCCCUGAUGUGCAAGAAUACUUCACUGGAUAUAUGCAAAGGAUGUUCAAUGGCUGGGAAGACUCCCAGGCUCGCAUCACCGACAUCUGGUCCGGCAUCAUGGGUUGGUCGACCGAUUCUAUGCCCUUCGUUGGGCAAAUGCCAGGUCAGCCAGGAGUAUUCGUUACGGCCGGAUUCACUGGUCAUGGCAUGCCCCGGAUCUUGGGUUGUUCGAAAGCGUUGGCGGAGCUGGUCAAAUCGGGCGGCGAAACGGAUGACUUGAGCAGAAGACACGGGUUGCCGAGGCCAUAUUUGCUAACUGCAGAGAGGUUGAAGGACAAGAGCAACGGUAUCUUUUCAUAUGCUCGGAAGGCAUCGUCUGGCUCGACGUCCAAAUUGUGA